UGCUAGCUGUUAGCCUGCCUGCUAACUGCCAGCUAAAGUUAACUGCACUAGUUUCACUUUCUGACAAUCAGGAAUAGAGUCUCUGGCAUGAGCAGGGAUUCCUGGAAAACGAAACUAGAAACUGGUGUUGUAUUUGACACUCGUUAGACCUUAGAUGUAGAAAUUUAAACUCACUCGGGGCGAUAUUGACAACUUGUAGCCGGUGGCGUCUAAAAGAUUUAAUCGCUAACGUUAACCGUCAAACACGCAGGUAUUAGCAAACCAGCUAGCUUUAGCGGCUAGCUGCUAGCCCCCCGCUAGCAUGGACGGCGGCGGAAGCAUGCAAAGUAAUGAGGAGAGAGGAGCAGAGAAAUUAAUGGAUGACUACUUGAAAUCAAUCGGUUUGCAUCGGAAGAAAAUUGCCAAAGACGGGUCGUGCUUGUUUCGGGCUGUCGCCGAGCAGGUGCUGCAUUGCCAAAGCCUUCAUACUGAAGUCCGGGCCAAAUGUGUGGAGUUCCUGAAGCAGAACAGAGAGAGCUACGAGGCGUUCAUUGAAGGCGAUUUUGAGGAUUAUCUGUACAAGCUUCAGGACCCACAGCAAUGGGUAGGAGAGGUGGAGAUCAACGCGCUGGCUGUCAUGUACAAGAGGGAUUUUCAGAUCUUCCAGGAGCCCUGCAAACCACCUGUCAACAUCACAGACAACAACUUCAAGGACAAGGUGCGGUUGUGUUUUCUGAACGGGAAUCACUACGACAGCGUUUAUCCCGUCAGCCACAUUAAGAGCGCCGCCCUCUGCCAGUCCAUCCUGUACGAGCUGCUGUAUGAAGAUGUGUUCAAUGUCGACCGGAGCUUUCUGGGUCUGUGCCAGAGGCCUGCCCGACCCUCUGAUUUGCUGAGUGACGACAACAUGCCCGCCUGCGGUAGCAGUGACGAGUCUGACUUUGACACUGGCGAGCCGCUCUGGGUAGAAAAUGGAACAAACACGACGGCUCCGAGACACAGGGGCCGCGGGCGUGGUCGGCAGUUGCCUGAGAGGGUGAGACGUUCACUGAACCCGACUCUGUUCAGAAACAUAGAGUACGACGUCUGGCACAAGACCAAGAGAGCACAACAGAAGAUGGAUUACCGCAUCGCUGCCGGGAUGCAGUUCACUGUCGGAGACCGCUGCCAGGUUCGCCUUGAUAGUGGUGGGCGGAGCUACAAUGCAACCAUCAAGGAGGUGCCACCCAACAACGGUCCAGUGACCGUUCACAUAGAAGAGCUGGGCAGGAGACAGGUCCCUCUGUGGAGUCUGCGUGCUUCCAAGGAUGAGAACAGCUGGAGCACCGUGGUCAACCGAGACAAAAGGCUCAGCAACGGACAUGGAGAGUGGGAGGAGAGGGGUAAAGGCAGAGGCAGGGGGAAGCAGGUCCCUGCGUCCUCCUCUGUUUCCCCAACAACCGCACCGGGCCCCAGUGGGCGCGUGCAUAAGCAGCACUCCUGGCCCCCGCAGGCCACCGUAGAGGAGCAGGGAGGCGUGAAAGCCAACAGGAAAUCUGUGAGCUCGGUGGAUUCCGCCUUCGGUAUAUCAGAGAAGGAGCGUUUGGCCAGGGAGGAGGAGGAGAGGAAAGGGGUGUUGCUGGAGAUCCAGCUCCGAGACGAGCACAGCUUCCCCGCCCUCGGGGCCCAGUCUGUGAUGCAGGGUGAAGUAGGGAGGAAGAAGGGAGGAGAGAAGAGACGAUCCCAAAGGAACAAGACAGGUGCCGCUGAAGACAUUAGGGCACCGUCUCCCUCUGCUGGUGAAAGACCGAAAUCCUCCACCCCGCCUCUUGCAGCCGCCGCGGCUGCUACUACGAAUACUACUACACCCACCAACCCCACCCUUCAUGCUUCCAAACCUUCUGCGGCUCCGUCUGCAAACUCCAACCCUGUUUGGCUGAGCUCGAUCAAGGCUGCAGCAUCCAGCCUGCCACCCGCCUGUGGUGCCCCGGCAGCUAAAACAAACACACCGUCUUACGCUGUAGCUUCGGCUACACCAAGUUCUCCUGCUGCUGCUGCCACCCCGAACACUAAAGCCUCUGUAACGGGCGGCGCCGUGCCUCACUCUGUCUCACCCUUCCCCUUCCUCACCCCUAGUCUCCCCGCUGCUUCAUCAACCACAGCUUCCCAUGUCCUCCCCUCGUCUUCUCUUCCCCCCUCUUCUUCCUCUCAACAUGGCACCUCCACUUCUUCCUCUCUUCCUCCUAAAUCAUCUGCCUCGCCUCCUGCUUCUUCGCUGCCCCCUCUCACUUUCAUCGCUCCCAUUGCUCCCUCUCCUGCGGCUGCACAGGGCUUCCUCUCGACCUCCUCCCUCCCCCGUUCCUCCCCGCCUGUCUCCUCCCUCCCCCACUCCCCCAGUCCUCCGACCUUCUCCUCCUCUUCCACUCCUAUCCAUCAGGCGGCUCAAGUCCACGAGGCUCCAAAAGUUUCAGCACAAACUCCAAAUUGUUUGCCAAACAUUGGACCUCAGACCUUCCAGAGCCAGGCCUCGCUGCCCCCGAUUCAUCCUCAGGUGUCUCUGCCCCAAAACCACGGCCAGAUCUCUGUGUCCCAGACCCAAACCCAUACCUCGUUAACCCAGAGUGAUAACCAAACUCUGCCUCCUCUGCCCCAAAACCAAAUCUUGAUGCCCCAGAUGCAGACCGAGGCCCAGGCCACUCUCCCUCAGUCCUGUCCUCCUCACCUCCAGCACCAACCUCAGUCCCACACUGAAGUCGACUCUCUGCCACAGACCCAGAUCCAGCCAUCUGUCCUACAGACCUCCCUCCCUCAGUCCCAGGCCUCUGUCUCCCACCUCCCGCCCCACUCUCAGGCCCAGUACCUCUCACAGUCCCAGUGUGAGGUGGCCCAGGUCCAGUCCUCUCACCCAGCUCCAGGAGCUUCCUACCCCCACGCCUCAAUUCCCGUCUCUGCCUCUGUGCAGCCCCAGCAAUCUGCCACCCAUCCUCACCUCCAUGUCCAACCGGCCCAGCCUCCUCACCCCUCCCAAGUCCCGCAUCCCUCCCACACUCUCUCCGCCUCCCCGACCAAUCCCUCUCUCCAAUCCCAGACCCCCAAUACCCAGAAUCAAACAGAGGUCCCACUCACUCCCACCCAGCCUCAGCCUGAGUCUCCGGCUCAUGUCCCUUCCCAGCAGGCGCACCUUCCUCACCCCCCUCAUCAUCCCCAGUCUGCACAUCCCCCACCCCCCCACCAGUCCAUCCCAGGAGCCGUCCCCCUGCAGCAGUUGUCCCAGCUCUACCAGGACCCCCUGUACCCCGGAUUCCCCCAGGGGGAGAAGGGCGAUGUGGCACCGAAUCCACCCUACUCCUCCAGCAAGUCAGGGGACGACCUGCCCCAAGAUAUCAACAUCUUGAGAUUUUUCUUCAACCUUGGUGUCAAGGCCUACUCCAUGCCCUUGUACCCCCCUUACAUAUACCUCCUGCCCCUCCAGCAGGCCCACACAGUUCACCCCAAGCUGCCCUCCCGCUCUCCCUCCCCUACCCCCCCCUACCCUCCCUCCAACCCCCCCACCAGGCACCAGGAGGCGUACCAACACCCCCAUUACCCUCCGACUUCAGCAUCAAUGGCGCCUCAGUACGACCACCAAGCCCCACUCACCGAGCCCCCCCAUCCCAGUGACCCCUCCUUCAGCCAGGCCGGGUACCCCGUCACCCAGCCUCCGCCCCACAGGAUGUCGCUGUCAUGGCAACAGCACCAGAUGCCCCAACACAGAAGCCCAAGCUACCCAGUCGGGUAUCCCGCCUCAAAUCAACCAUAUUCGGUCCCCCAACCCUUGUCUCAGGGCUACCACCCAGGUCAAAGCCCGGGACACACGCUGUACCCUCAGAGCGUGCCUCCGUACCCCCCCUCCUCGCUGGGAUAUCACUCUUCAUCCACCCCUGAAGAGAUUCAGGUGAGCCAGGCGCCAAUGGAGCACCGUCAGCCUGCCAAUGGGGACACAAUGCCUGGCCAAGGGCCCGGCCGAGUCCCUGGUCCUCUGGAAAGUCCUGCUGCUAACAUGGCUAAUGCUAACAAUAGAACAGCGAUGAUACCUGGCUUUGGGGGAGCCAAACUACCAAAUGUUUCAGCGAGUCUUCUAACAGGACGUUUUUCUUUCCCAGCAGCCCUGAAGAAGGAGCAGGGAGAGAGUCUGUCCGGAACAGUGCUGCUGGUGGACCCGCCACUCAACAACAACCCCAUACUGGUUUCAAACCAUAGCAUCAAGGAUGUCUCCGCCUCCAUGACCUCCAUGAAGCCCGGCAGCACGCCCGGCUCUCCUUUACCUUAUGACCUUAUCUCAAAGACGGCCGUCUCCGGUGACGCCAACCCCUCCCGUGGCUAUCGAAACCACCGAAAACCAAUGAACCCCCCCAACCAGUACGUGCCACUGGGGGCACCGGAGCCCAGCCAGGUGAGCUACCUGUCGCCCGUGGGCAUGGCGGAGCCCCUGUUGUCUGUCGGUUGCAGCACAGAGGACGACUGGGAGGAGCCGAUGGGAUUCAAACGGCCGGCCUUGAACCCCAGAGGGAUGAGGAGGAGCCACAGAGGAGCGGGAGCGGGAGGGAGAGGGAGGGGAGGCUACGAUCAAGGGAGGGGGGCAAACAGGAGGAGACAUGGAGGUGAGCCAGGGGCGGGGCUUAACUAUGUCCAAUUUAACAGGGGGCGGGGCCGUGAGAGAGAAUACUAGUUCUCAGCCAAUGAGAUGAAAGGACACAGGAAGGUGUUUUAUUUUUUUCUUUUCUUUGGUUUCUCCUCUUUCUGCCUGCCUCUUUUUGUUUUUCUCUCACCAAUCGUUUCUCGUCACCAUCUGGAUCAUCUGAUUGAUUCCACACAUUGAAAAUGGAUGCCAGAACCAAUCGGGAUCGAUCAGUCGUCUCCACACACACAUCGUCGGGGUAAAACCUGAGACUCCAUUCGUGUAUUUAGAUGCGUUAAGAUGCUCCAAGCUCGUUGCGGAAAUACGAACACUAUCGGAUCUUCUUUCUUCAUCAUUAGCUAGCUCGUUAGCGUAGCAUGUCAGCAAGUGCAAGUAUACAUCUCGUCGUGCAUUUCUCAGCAGUUAAACCACAAACACACGAUUGAAUGGAUUUAAAGAUUCAAGCGUAAGGUGUGUUUUGAGCACUACGAAACAUGUUCAGUGUAGAGCUGCGUUGAGUUUGCCGCCAUGUUGAUGUGACGUUUGGGGAGAAAAUAACUUAAGAGCUUGAGUUUUAUACUUUGCAUUUGUCUUUAUAGGAAUAGUUGGGACAUUUUGGGAAAUUUCUUGCCAAGAGAAAAUUGAUUUCACUCAAAUUUCAGUAUGCUACAUGUGUAGCUAUGGCUGCUUAGCAUAAAGACUGUAAACGAUAGGAAACGUCUAGCUUGGCUUUGUAACAGACUCCAUCUCUAAACCACAAACUUUAGUAUAAAACCAACAGUUUGUGGUUUUACUGGGCGUUAUGUGCCAGCUCUUCCCCCUGUUUCCAGAUUUUGUGCUAUGCUAAGCUAACCAUUUUCUAGCUAUGGCUUCAUAUUUAAUGCAUAAACAUCAGAGCGGUAUCAAUCUUCUCAUCCAGCAAUACUUCAAAUAAAAAUGUAGAAGUGUUCAUUUAACCGGACGUCAAAUUUCAGACACUCUAGUGUCUCUUGAACGCAGCAUUAUUGAGAGCUUAGCAUGUCCAUAAAGCAUCAGACAUUUAAACAUAUUUUGAGCGAGCUUUCAGAGUUGUGCUGCUGCAGCCGCUGCCAUAAAACUACAGCAAUAUUUAAAGGACGCUGGUUUGUGUGUGGACUAAAUGUUCGUCUGUCCUGUUGCCCUGCGAGUCUCGUGUCCUUUUCCUGUUGUAAAAUUGUCUCGUUUUUCUUCUUGCUGGGUUAAUUUUUCUUUCUCUCAUCGACUCGGAAAAACACUUAGAGAUUCAGUGCCUUACGUUUGCUACUUUUUACUGCCUCAUUUCUUUUUCGUCUUAGUUUGAGAUGCACUGCUGUACAGAACAAAUGCUGUUAUUGUUUGUGUUGGAUUUUUCUAUGUGGUUGAAUAAAUAAAACUUUGGUUCCGA